AUGACAACGGCAUGGUCUUCAGGCGAGCAGAGGGUGGAGGAGGGAACUCAUGUAAGGGCACUCGAUGCUCAAAAUGUCACAAAGACCGACGGGUCUUCUGCAGAAGUGUUGCGAACCGAAGACCACGUCCCGCAGAUCAGCAUUGAGGACAACGAAGCUUCAUCUCGGUGGCUGACCGUUUCACCAUAUCUCGAUUCCAACCAUCUCUUGGACCUGCAGAGUGUCGAUACUCCAAAUCGACUUCUUGCGCUUACAGCAAUCCAGCUUGAGGCAGCGACAAACGCCUACGCUACCGUCAGAUAUGAAGAUGCUUUUGAUUGGAAAGGCUUCAUGGCCAACUUAAAGGCGCUCGCAGCCAGCGAGGGAUACACGUGGACGCGGCAAGAAUUCUAUGUUGUCGAAUUCAGGUCCAAACUGAAACAGAAUAUUGAUGUCGACCUUCUGUUUAAGCUUGAUAAGGAAUCUCACAUUGAGGCUACCAAGAGUGGUGGUCUCUUGAAGUAUUGGUAUGGUGUUCCCGAUGCGGAUCGGAGAAACCUCGCAACAUGUUUGUGGCGAAACAAGGAGGAUGCCGUCAAGGGAAGUCGAGGACCAUGGCACAGACAGGCACGUGCAGCCAUCUCUCAAAUGUACGAGGAAAUCGACGUCAGGGGUCUCUGUCUCAUUAUCGAAGACAAUGUGCGAGGCUGGAGCUUUGAUCCUUACGGCUGA